AUGAGCCACCGCAACCACAACUGCCACCAAAACCACUACUGCACCCACAACUACUACAACCAUCACGACUGCUGCCACUACAACCACUUCUUCUACAACUGCCACCUACUACUUACACAACCACUAAUACGACCACUACUUCUACUACCACCACCAACACUUACUACUACCACUACAACCACUACCGCCACCACAACCAUUACUGCCACCACAACCAUUACCGUCUCCAUCACCACUAAUGCCGCCAUCAUCACCACCGCCACCACCAUUACUGCCACCAUCACUACUGCCACCACCACUGCUGCCACCACCACCACUGCUGCCACAACCACCACCACUACUGCCACAACCACCACCACUACUGCCACAACCACCACCACUACUGCCACAACCACCACCACUACUGCCACAACCACCACCACUAUUGCCACAACCACCACCACUACUGCCACAACCACCACCACUACUGCCACAACCACCACCACUACUGCCACAACCACCACAAACACUAAUGCCACAACCACCACAAACACUAAUGCCACAACCACCACAAACACUAAUGCCACCACCACCACUACUGCCACCACAAACACUACUGCCACCACAAACACUACUGCCACCACAAACACUACUGCCACCACAAACACUACUGCCACCACAAACACUACUGCCACCACAAACACUACUGCCACCACAAACACUACUGCCACCACCAACACUACUGCCACCACAAACCCCACUGCCACCCCAAAACCCACUGUCACCCCAAACACUACUGUCACCACAAACACUACUGCCACCACAAACACUACUGCCGCCACAAACCCUACUGCCACCCCAAACACUACUGUCACCAAAAACCCUACUGCCACUACAACUAAUACUGGCACCACAAUCACUCACCACAACCACUACUGCCACCAUAACAAACACUGCCACCAUAACCACUACUGCCACCAUAACCACUACCGCCACCACCACUACGCCACCACUACUGCCGCCGCCACCACUACUGCCGCCGCCACCACCAAUGCCGCCGCCACCACCACUACUGCCGCCACCACCACUACUGCCGCCACCACCACUACUGCCGCCACCACCACUGCCAACGCCACCACUGCCAACGCCACCACUGCCAAUGCCACUACUGCCAACGCCACUACUGCCAACGCCACUACUGCCAACGCCACUACUGCCACCGCCACUACUGCCACCACCACUACUACCAAGGUUAGUAGAAGGGAAGGUUGCCUCAGACGCGCGCGCAUCUUUCUGCGCAGGCAGCGAAGUGACGUCACGUGCAGUCCACCGCCUCGACCUUGCUCCCGUCCCGUCCCCCAUGCGAGCCAGCUCGGCUCGUCUGUCGCGUGCGUGGCCGAGUGCGAGCCAUCUCGGCUCGUCUGUCGCGUGCGUGGCCGAGUGCGAGCCAUCUCGGCUCGUCUGUCGCGUGCGUGGCCGAGUGCGAGCCAGCUCGGCUCGUCUGUCGCGUGCGUGGCCGAGUGCGAGCCAGCUCGGCACGUCUGUCGCGUGCGUGGCCGAGUGCGAGCCAGCUCGGCACGUCUGUCGCGUGCGUGGCCGAGUGCGAGCCAGUACGGCUCGUCUGUAGCUUGCGUGGCCGAGUGCGAGCCAGCUCGGCACGUCUGUCGCGUGCGUGGCCGAGUGCGAGCCAGCUCGGCACGUCUGUCGCGUGCGUGGUCGAGUGCGAGCCAGCUCGGCUCGUCUGUCGCGUUCGUGGCCGAGUGCGAGCCAGCUCGGCACGUCUGUCGCGUUCGUGGCCGAGUGCGAGCCAGCUCGGCACGUCUGUCGCGUGCGUGGCCGAGUGAGAGCCAGCUCGGCACGUCUGUCGCUGCGAGCCAGCUCGGCUCGUCUGUCGCGUGCGUGGCCGAGUGCGAGCCAGCUCGGCUCGUCUGUCGCGUGCGUGGCCGAGUGCGAGCCAGCUCGGCUCGUCUGUCGCGUGCGUGGCCGAGUGCGAGCCAGCUCGGCUCGUCUGUCGCGUGCGUGGCCGAGUGCGAGCCAUCUCGGCACGUCUGUCGCGUGCGUGGCCGAGUGCGAGCCAGCUCGGCACGUCUGUCGCGUGCGUGGCCGAGUGCGAGCCAGCUCGGCUCGUCUGUCGCGUGCGUGGCCGAGUGCGAGCCAGCUCGGCACGUCUGUCGCGUGCGUGGCCGAGUGCGAGCCAGCUCGGCACGUCUGUCGCGUGCGUGGCCGAGUGCGAGCCAGCUCGGCUCGUCUGUAGCUUGCGUGGCCGAGUGCGAGCCAGCUCGGCACGUCUGUCGCGUGCGUGGCCGAGUGCGAGCCAGCUCGGCUCGUCUGUCGCGUGCGUGGCCGAGUGCGAGCCAGCUCGGCUCGUCUGUCGCGUGCGUGGCCGAGUGCGAGCCAGCUCGGCUCGUCUGUCGCGUGCGUGGCCGAGUGCGAGCCAGCUCGGCUCGUCUGUCGCGUGCGUGGCCGAGUGCGAGCCAGAUAGGCACGUCUGUCGCGUGCGUGGCCGAGUGCGAGCCAGCUCGGCACGUCUGUCGCGUGCGUGGCCGAGUGCGAGCCAGCUCGGCUCGUCUGUCGCGUGCGUGGCCGAGUGCGAGCCAGCUCGGCACGUCUGUCGCGUGCGUGGCCGAGUGCGAGCCAGCUCGGCUCGUCUGUAGCUUGCGUGGCCGAGUGCGAGCCAGCUCGGCACGUCUGUCGCGUGCGUGGCCGAGUGCGAGCCAGCUCGGCACGUCUGUCGCGUGCGUGGCCGAGUGCGAGCCAGCUCGGCACGUCUGUCGCGUGCGUGGCCGAGUGCGAGCCAGCUCGGCACGUCUGUCGCGGCACACAGGCGGCAUCGCCAGCUCGCGUGGGCUCGUGUGGGCUCGUGUUGGCUCGUGUGGGCUCGUGUGGGCUCGUGUGGGCUCGUGUGGGUUCGUGUGGGUUCGCGUGGGCUCGCGUGGGCUCGCGUGGGCUCGCGUGGGCUCGUGUGGGAUCGUGUGGGCUCGUCUGGGCUCGUGUGGGCUCGUGUGGGCUCGUGUGGGCUCGUGUGGCGCGGGAGCCAGGGUGUCACCGGCGCGCCGGCACCGCGCGCGCCAGUAUCGCGCCCGCCGGCCUGGAAGUGCUCGAGUGCUGCCCGCCGCCAGGAAGAAGAAGAAGUUGGUCACUCGGCCACGCGACGCGACCCGCUUCGCUCCCGUUCCGGCCCGCGGCCCAGGGUUGAUUGGAGUUGUCGGGGGAGGCUGCUGCGAUGAAACAUUUUGGCUCACGGCGACGUGA